CAGAGGUUGGAGUAGACGCUGUUACAGACCUGAGUUGUUUACCAAAGCAGAGAGAGUCUCUUCACUUUGAUCUGCACAAGAUGACAACUCCUUCAAAAACUCAUCUUAAUUGCCAGGAUGGUCUUGAGCAUGAAAACAGUGGAGGCCACGUGUCUAACGGAAACAUCCCUAUGCCAGUAGAGGGGAGUCCCUCUAAGAAGACGACGAGCAAAAUGUUCAGUGGAGUGAGGAGACUGAGCACCAUCUCAGAGCAAGAACCAGACCAACCUGACCCUGAUCCCAAUUCCCAUGAUCCUCCAGAUGGAUCCAGCUUCUCACUGUGCUCAGAGUCUGUGUUUAAGAACAGCAGCAGUCAUUUCUCCUCUGAUGAAUCAUUUCAGCCAGACUCUGGAGAUGACUUUGCAGCCGUUCUUCUCGCCUGUCUCCAUUGUCGCUUCCAUGAGUUAAUGGAUCUACUCCCAGAAAUGUUGGAGAGGGCAGUCAGUCGCUGUUUUCCCUCCUACAAGUACAUCAAGGCGUCCAGUGAGAGGGACCAGCAAGGAAAUGAUUGCUGCAACUGCAAACCGGGACUGGACUAUAAUUUCUGCAGUUCCUGUCAGGACACAACAGAACUAAUAGAACUGGCCAUGGAAAUAUCAGGAGUGUGCUUUCGCUGAGAAAUCCCCUAUUAUGAAUUUCAUGCUA